AUGCCGAGCGAUAUGACGACGUUCAAGGGCAAGCCCUUCGACCGGGCUUCGCUCGAGUCUGUCAUGAAGCGACGACUCUUCUACACACCCGCCUUCGACAUCUACGGCGGUGUCUCUGGUCUAUACGACUAUGGCCCGCCCGGCACCGCUCUCACCAACAACAUUGUCGACAUAUGGCGAAAGCACUUUGUGCUGAAGGAGAACAUGCUGGAGGUCGACACCACCAUGCUUACGCCCCACGAAGUCCUCAAGACGUCCGGCCACGUCGACAAGUUCGCCGACUGGAUGUGCAAAGACCCCAAGACCGGCGAGAUCUUCCGCGCAGACCACCUUGUCGAGGAGGUCUUGGAGGCCAGAUUGAAGGGUAACAAGGAGGCGCGUGGCGAAAAGGUCGAGGCAGAGGAGGAGGACCCCAAGAAGAAGAAGAAGAAGGUCAAGAACGUUGCUGUCGUCAAGAUGGACGACGCUCUUGUCACCGAGUACGAGGAGGUCUUGGCCAAGAUCGACAACUACAACGGCGAGGAGCUGGGUCUGCUCAUAAAGAAAUACGACAUCAAGAACCCCGCCACCAAUGGCGAGCUUCAGCCGCCCGUCGCCUUCAACCUCAUGUUCCAGACCUCCAUUGGUCCCUCCUCGAACAUGCCCGGUUACCUGCGCCCUGAGACCGCCCAGGGUCAGUUCCUGAACUUCGCAAAGCUCCUCGAGUUCAACCAGCAGCAAAUGCCCUUCGCUUCUGCCUCUAUUGGCAAGUCCUUCCGUAACGAGAUCUCCCCACGAGCUGGUCUGCUGCGCGUACGAGAAUUCCUCAUGGCCGAAAUCGAACACUUCGUCGACCCAGAGGGUGGCAAGAAGCACCCUCGAUUUGAGGAGGUCGCUGAUGUUGAGCUCGAGCUCCUCGACCGCGAGGUCCAGCUUUCCGGCAAGACCAACGUCAAGACAACCAAGAUUGGCGAGGCCGUCAAGACCGGUCUGGUCGACAACGAGACACUCGGAUACUUCCUAGCCCGCAUUCAGCAGUUCCUGCUCAAAAUCGGUGCCGACCCCAAGAAGAUUCGCUUCAGGCAACAUAUGGCGAACGAGAUGGCCCACUACGCCGCAGACUGCUGGGACGCUGAGCUACUCACCUCGUACGGCUGGAUUGAGUGUGUCGGCUGUGCCGACCGAAGCGCGUACGAUUUGACUGUCCACAUGAAGAAGACAGGUGCACCUCUGGUUGUCCGUGAGCCCAGAAAGGAGCCCCUCAAGGUCGAGGAGUGGGUUUGCGACAUUGAGAAGAAGAAGUUCGGUCCCAAGUUCAAGAAAGACGGCAAGACCGUAGAGAACGCCAUUGAGGCUCUUACACAAGACCUGCGCGAGAAGCUGUCUCUAGACCUCGAGAAAGAGGGCAAGAUCGUCAUCGAUGUCCCCGGUGUUGGUGAUGGCAAGGUAGAGGUGCCCAAGGAGCUCAUCACCAUUGAGAAGCGCACAAGAGUGGAGAACGUCAGGGAAUACACACCUAACGUCAUCGAGCCGUCUUUCGGUAUCGGCCGCAUUGUCUACGCUCUCUGCGAACACGUUUACUGGACUCGUGAGCAAGAUGAAGCUCGUGGUAUUCUGUCAUUCCCUCCUACUGUUGCACCUACCAAGGCGCUCAUCGUGCCGUUGAGCUCGCAUAGCGACUUCAAGCCUUUCGUACGAACACUGAGCGACAGGCUGCAAGAGUUCGGCGUUUCCACUCGCGUCGAUGAUUCUGGCGCAUCUAUUGGUAAGCGCUACUCGCGUAACGAUGAGCUCGGUACCCCUCUGGGUAUUACGAUUGACUUCCAGUCCGUCAAGGACAACACGUUCACAUUGCGCGACCGUGAUUCGACAGAGCAGGUUCGCGCUGGUCUCGAUGAAAUCACCACCGCCAUUACUAACCUCGUCAACGGCAAGGAGCAGUGGUCAGACGUGGCUGCGCGCCUGCCCAAGUUUGAGGGUCAGGAGGUCGAUGCCUAG